CUCAACAUGAAGAUCCUUGACUCCCAGUCAGCAAUAUUAACCAAUGUCGAAGUGCUGGCUCACUUCACCUUGAACCCUCCGCAUCGAUUGCCACAACCCCCGCCCAAUGCGCGGAAUUUCACACCACAUCCGGAUUUACGGGACCAUAAUACUGUUGUCAAAGAGUUUCAUAACUAUGUCACCCGCCUUUCACCACAUCUCCUUAAAUACCCCAGCUUCCUACCCAAACCCACCGCUACAGCUUCUUCCACGGCGCAGAAUGGCACAACUACAACAACGCACACCCAGCAGGAUCCAGACUCAGAACAGACAGACCUCGAUAUCGCCUUGCGCACAAUAAUAACUAGAUUAAAACCCUUUAACCUGACCAAGGCAGAGGUAUUAACAAUCAUUAACCUUGGAGUUGGCUUGGAUAUAAACCCUGAAGGCGAAGGUGCUGCUUCUCCAGCCGAAGAAGACACGGUGAUGCUAGAUGGCAACGUAAAUGGCGAGGCGUCUGACACUGGCGACGGCGGAGCUAAGGAAGAAGAGGCGGACGAUGCAGGAGAUGAGGACUAUGGAGCGCUGGCGCUUCUGGAUACCGUUAUUGAAGAUAGGGAGGAGAGGUUGUCGAAUGAGGAUAUUAGUGAGAUCUUGAAGAUUAUAAGGGAGACGCUUGGGGGGGAGAAAUGAAGGCCGUAUUAUACAAUGGGGCAAGACAAGGGUGUGUUUAAAAUAGGUAUUUAUUGGCUGGAAAUGGAGCGGCUGGAAUUCCCGAGGUUUAUAUCUUGGAAUAUACGAUGCAUGAAGAAUGGGUAUUUCUAUGCUUUAACUGCGGUUGGAUAAAGGUCAGGCUAGGAUGGAGCUUUAGGUGGUCUAUUUAAAUGACUCCUGUAAUAUGCGCGAUAAAGUACAUAUGAGCUCUUUUGGCAGA